AAACUACAUUAUCAAUUUAUAAGACCUCGUGUUUGUUUUAUGAUUAUUCGUCCGGCGUCUUUUUAUUUUAAAAAAAGAAAAGAAAAAAUAAUAAUAAGACGCAUCAGUGACGAGUAAUCAUAUAAACAAAACAACAACAAAAAAAACCAGAAAAUUUUUUCAUCCGAAAGGAUAUUGUUGAAAAUAAAAACCGCAACCACGGGUAUUACAGUGAUGGCGUGCUGUCUGAGCGAAGAGGCGAAAGAACAGAAAAGGAUAAAUCAAGAAAUCGAACGCCAACUUCGCAAAGACAAGCGAGAUGCUCGUCGUGAGCUCAAAUUAUUAUUACUUGGAACGGGAGAAUCGGGUAAAAGCACAUUCAUCAAACAGAUGCGUAUCAUACAUGGAUCAGGAUAUUCGGAUGAAGAUAAAAAAGGUUUUAUUAAAUUGGUCUUUCAGAACAUAUUUAUGGCCAUGCAAAGUAUGAUCAAAGCGAUGGAUAUGCUCAAAAUACCUUAUAAAGAUAAUAAAAAUAUUGAAAAUGCCGAUCUAGUACGUUCGGUUGAUUAUGAAACAGUGACCACAUUUGAUAGUCCAUAUGUUGAAGCAAUCAAAUGUUUAUGGGCCGAUUCUGGUAUACAGGAAUGUUUUGAUAGAAGAAGAGAAUAUCAGCUCACCGAUUCUGCCAAAUACUAUUUGAGCGACAUUGAUCGGAUUGCCGCACCAGAUUAUUUGCCUACUCAACAAGAUAUUCUGCGUGUCAGAGUGCCUACUACUGGCAUCAUAGAAUACCCUUUUGAUCUUGAUUCAAUUAUAUUCCGGAUGGUCGAUGUCGGUGGCCAAAGAUCCGAAAGAAGAAAAUGGAUACAUUGUUUUGAAAAUGUGACCUCAAUUAUUUUUUUAGUCGCCUUAAGUGAAUAUGAUCAAAUUCUAUUCGAAUCGGAUAAUGAGAAUCGAAUGGAGGAAUCGAAAGCAUUGUUCAAGACCAUAAUAACAUAUCCAUGGUUUCAGAACUCCUCCGUUAUAUUAUUUCUAAAUAAAAAAGAUUUAUUGGAAGAAAAAAUUAUGUAUUCACAUUUAGUUGAUUACUUUCCCGAAUAUGAUGGUCCAAAAAAGGAUCCAUUACAUGCCAGAGAAUUUAUAUUAAAAAUGUUUGUCGAUCUCAAUCCAGACAGUGAGAAAAUAAUUUAUUCUCAUUUUACCUGUGCAACAGAUACGGAAAAUAUUCGAUUCGUUUUUGCUGCUGUGAAAGAUACAAUAUUACAGUCAAAUUUAAAAGAGUACAAUUUGGUCUAACAAUAAUAAUAACAACAACAAUGAUAAUAAUAAUAAUAAUAGCAACAACAACAACGUCAACAACAACAACAAAUCAUCCAUUAAUAUUGAUGCAAUUGAAAUCAACAAAAAAAAAC